CUUGGAAAUUGUUAUAAGUAGUAUAUUUAAAGAGACUAAUUCAUAAAUUAAAGUUUUCUUUUUGAAUAAAUAAACGAUUAUUAUUAUUACCAUAUGAUAAAUAUGAUCCGAAUUAAAUAUGCAGAUUAUAGACUAUAGUAAUACAGACUUAUUAAAUUGAACAAAUGUAAACUAAUUCUCUAUAGUUAAAUACAUUACUUUAUUUGGUUAUACCACAGAAGAAGAUGUACAAGAUGAUAGUAAAUAUGUUCUUUAUUGUUUUAAAUGUAACAAUGAGAAUUUUCAUUCUACAUAUAUGUUAUGUAGGUACUGAGGUAUGGAACGAGGAGCUGCUUUUAAAAGAAAACUUUAUACAUGGACCAACUAACCUCUGUCAAAAUGGUAGGCAUCAAUCACCGAUUAAUAUUAUGACCAAAAAUCUUGUUUAUGAUCAUUCACUAUCCGCAAUGGAGAUAGAAGGAUUAGAAAAGCAACUUGAAUUAAUCGUUGAAAAUUGUGGAUACGAUAUACGAAUAAGUUUAACUAAUGAAUUUGUACAAUUAAAUGGUGGUCCAUCUUCUUAUGUUUAUCGAAUUUCUUUUAUGCAAAUUAAAUUUGGAUCAGCAUCAAAUCAAGGAUCAGAGCAUACAAUAGAUGGUAAAGCAUUUCCAGGUGAAUUACAAAUUUAUUCAUUCAAUAAUGAAUUAUACAAUAAUUUAUCUGAUGCAUUUUAUCGUCCAAAUGGUAUCCUUGCUAUCAGUGUUUUCUUUAAACUUGGAAAUGCAACAAAUAAAGACCUUUUAGGAGUUGUAGCUGCAGCCGAACAAACAAUAUUUAAAGGAGAAACAUUCCAGCUAAAAGGUCUUGAACUGCGCUCAUUACUAACGUCAACACAUGAGUUUAUGACAUAUGAAGGAUCAUUGCCAUUUCCUCCAUGCCAUGAAACAGUUACCUGGAUCAUACUGAAUCAUCCUAUAAUGAUUACUGAAACUGAAUUAAAAACUCUUCGGCGAUUACGAGUUGCUCAUACAUUAUGGUCAGGAUCGAUGGCUGACAAUUUUCGACCAACUCAAGCUAUUAAUAACCGUUCAGUUCGCACAAAUAUCAAUUUUCAUAGUUCGGUAGGAAUGUAGUCGUUUUAUAAUGUUUGAAUAUCUAUUUGAUUGAUUCAAACAACAGCUACGUAUUGUAAUGUUUCCCUUCGACUAAAAUCCCUUAAACAUUAAAAUGAGGGUCCUAAAUCAGUUUUUCAGUCCAAUACGGAAAUAUUAGUAGUUGUUUACGCACUACAUAAAAUAAUAUUCCUCAUCCAACGUGGAAUAUGUUCAAUCAUGUAAUGAAAGAUUCUUACUUUGUAUCCAUCAAAGUUUUAGUCAUGCUUUCUAGAACUGUCAAACCUUUCAGAAAACAUUCUCAAAUGUGUUUAAGUCUUUCAUUUUCGUUAGUAAGCUACUGGAACUAAUCUAGACCAGUCGGUGUCAUUUCUUACCAAACCUAAUCUUUAAAUUAGGAUUAUUACAAUAUUAUAAUAACGUUGCAUCUAACCAAUACAAAAUAAGUAGAAUAAUUAAUGUAAACAUGGAAAAUGUUAUCUCUGAAUUGCACUAAGUAGUCAUUGACUUCUAACUGCAUUUAUCUAGUGAAAUAAAUAUAAUCCUGAAUUUUUCUGUAUGUUAUAAGUUGGAGGUUUUCAGGUGAUGAGAUGGAUAGUACAAUACGUUUCGAUGAUUGAACAACAAUAGUUUAUUUUCAUAGUUGAAAUCAUGA